AUGCAAUUCUUCCAGCUUGUUCUUCUGUUUCCCGCCAUCGCAGCUGCCCAAAAGUGCACAUGGGCCUGGCACAACGCGCCCAAUGACCCCAAAGCACAGGACAGUGCCGGUGAUUUCAAACUGAUUCGUCAAUGUUUCGGUGGUGAUGGUCAGCCUGAUACCGUGGCUGAGCUUGGUAUGAACUCGUGCCUUCUUAACCAUAAUGGCAGCCUGGAACCUGGAGACAAUGGUGGAGCAUUCCAGUCCUGUCAGCUGCCGUGCGGGAUGGGAAGCGAGGACGAUACAAGCGACGCCGACAAGGCCACCAUCAAAUGUAACUGUGGGCCGAAGGGAGAUGAACUCUCCAUUCCUGUUACCAAAGCUGUCACCGUUUCUGGGGCUGAGUUCUCAUGCUAUACCCACACUGCCUCUACCAAAACUACGGAAUUCCCUGCUCCCGCUGCUAGCACCAGCCUGGUAGCUUGA